CGCAGGAGAAAAGAAAACCGUAUUGGGAACCAGAUGCAGGGCUUCUGGGCUGCCUGACACGUGGCACGCCACCGUCUCGCGCCACGUAACCCUUGCCCUUCACGGGCACUCUGCCUUCUCCUCCUCUCCAUCUAAUCUUGAAGAUAAUUUGUGCUCUCCCAGAAGCAGCAGAAGAAAUUAAGCAGAGAAGGCAGAAAUGGAGGUUCCAGUUGGGUUCAUUGCAAGGCUCUGGAGCUUCAUCUCCUUCCUCCCCUUCUUCUUCCUCCUCCUCCUCCUCGGAUUUCUCAAAGGGGCGAUCACCAGUCCAGUGGUUGGGGCCAUUAUCGGUGUAGGAAAUUCAGCAGUGGUGAUUGGGCUUUGGCCAGCACACUUCAUCUGGACUUGCUACUGUGUGGCCAAAACCAAAAAGCUUGGAUUGGGGCUGAAGGUGUCGCUGCUGGUGGUGCUGCUGCCAGUGCCUCUAGUGCUUUGGCCAGUUCUUGGAAUUGUGGGUAGCCUUUUGGUUGGCAUAGCAUAUGGGUUCUUAGCUCCUUUACUAGCAACCUUCCAUGCUGUUGGAGAGAAUGUCACUGACAAAUUCUUCCAUUGCUUUGUUGAUGGUUGUUGGUCCACAAUUGAGGGAGCAUGCACUGUGGUGAGAGAUUUUACAGAUUUUUGUUUCCACUCGUAUUUCUCCUAUAUGGAUGAAUUGAGCGAAGAGAAGCCUAUUGACAUAAAUGUUGCUAGGUUGGUGAAACUCCCAAGCUGUUUAUUGGUUAUCCUGCUUGGUGUUCUACUGGAUGUCCCGUUGAUUACAGCUGUUGCUCUGUGGAAAAGCCCUUACAUGCUGUUCAGAGGAUGGAAGAGGCUGCUGGAAGACUUAAUUGGAAGAGAAGGACCAUUCCUGGAGACAGUAUGUGUCCCAUUUGCUGCCCUUGCAAUCAUCUUAUGGCCUCUGGCUGUGGUCGGAGCUGUGAUAAGUGCUUUCUUCACCAGCUUCUUUCUUGGACUAUAUGGUGGAGCUAUUGUCCAGCAGGAAAACUCGCUUCUGAUGGGACUUGCAUAUAUUGUGGCAGUAGUUUCUCUGUUUGAUGAAUAUACUAAUGAUAUGCUUUAUUUGAGGGAGGGGUCCUGCUUUCCUAGGCCAAGAUAUCGCAGAAACACAAGGCCUGUUGACAUUCUGGAAAGAACAAAAUCAAUUGACAAUGAUGGAACUCAUCAAGAGAAUGUGGGAGAAGGUUCACCCAAUUUCAAGCUAGCCACAGAGCAAUCGAGGACAUUAAAAUGGACAAUCCAACAAUACAUACCAAUACAGAUAUGGGAUUGGCUGUUUAAAUCUUGUGAGGAAAAUGGUAGGAUACUGCUUUGUGAGGGUCUGCUUGAUGUCAAAGACUUGGAAGAAUGCAUUCUAAAGGGAAAAUGUAACAAGUUAGGCAUUAAACUACCGGCUUGGUCCCUUCUACAGUGUCUCCUGCUAUCAGCAAAGUCAGAUUCGUCCGGCUUGGUGAUUUCUGAUGGUGUGGAAUUGACGAGCGCUAACUGGCCAAAGGACAAAGUGUUUGAGUGGUUCAUUGGGCCGCUACUCAUAAUAAAGGAGCAAAUAAAGGGACUCCAAUUAGAUGAAAAUGAAGAAAUAUCCCUAAAAAGGAUGAUUAUGCAGUGCAAGAAUGAUAAGCCAGAAGAUUGGGAUGGUUUUCCGUCCAGUGACAAUGUCAGACGAGCACAAUUGCAAGCCGUUAUUCGGAGGCUGCAGGGAAUUGUUGGCUCCAUGUCUAGGAUGCCAACCUUCCCAAGGCGAUUCAGGAAUAUGGUGAAGGUGUUGUGCGCAGAAGUGAUACAGGCUGGUGUCGUAGCAAAUGAUGCGGGAGGAAAACAAAACACCAAAUAUGGUGACAGAAGCCUUCCCGGAGGUGGCAACAGGAAGAAUAGAGAGGCGACAGCAGAGAGGAGUGAGCAUGACCUGAACAAUGGGAGUAUGGUAUGACUGUUGGUUUUAAGGUUCUUGGUAAGAUGGUUUCAGAAACAGUUCUUUCCUUUCCUGUGGUUCAAAUUUUAGGAUGAAAAUAUUGCCUUGAGUUCGAAAGGGUGGUUAGUUUAUUUAAAGACCAUAUCUGUAAUCAGACACUCAACUUGGAUCAACGAUUAUGACCUAAAAAUUUGAUA